AUGUACUAUGCUCAGAACCCGCACGCUGCUUUCUAUGGCGGUCCCCCGCAGCCGUCCGGCUCGCCUUCGCAGCGCCCACAAGGCAGUGAAUACUCGAAUAACCAUUUGGUGCCCUAUCUGAAUCAUUCUGCGCCACAUGUCGGUAAUGAUAGCAACGAUAUGAAUGCAGGUGCAGCCCCAGCUCUGGACGCCUUUUACAUUCAGCAAGCCCCCAACUCGUUCACAGUUCCACUCGAUGUGCCGGACGUGGGCUCAUACGGACAAGCCAGUGCAUCCCUCGGUGCUGGCGGCCUCCCGAUGCGCGGCACACCGAACAUGUCGGGAUGGGCUGUCCCCUCACGGCAGUCGCCGGCAGGCGGUGCCCACGAAGCCGCGCAGGAUGAAGCAGACGUUCUCCAGCAGGGCGGCAACGGCUAUGCAUCGUCCCUCGGCACGGGCCUGCCACCGAUGCCCGGCAGUGGGCGCAGCUUCUCGGCGAACAUGUACCGCCCCGCAGAUGCCGCAGGCCGCGCUAUGAUGAUGGACGACAAUGCGCGCGGCGCGCGCCCUCUGCCGAAGCGGCGACGAACAAGCCCGGUUCCGUUUGAGGAUGCACAGGCGCGCUUCCGUGCCGCCUCAGGUCCCAUGGGCCGCGCGUCCAUGAUGGGACGCGGGAUGCCACCGCGCCGCGAUAUGGAAGGCAGCGCGCAUGGCGAUGGCCUCGGCGAGCUCAUGCCAGACACGCCUGACUCGGGUGCGCCGUCGGGCGAUCUGACGUCCUGGUUCCUGGGCCACGAGGGUGGGCCGCCGCGGCAGCACUCAUUUCCCAUGGCCGACCCUGCAGCCUACUACCGCUCGGGUCUGGCGCCGCCGCCUCAUGGGCUGCGUCUCGAUAUGCCUGGACUCCCGUCCGCCCAGGCGCAUCCGAUGGACGCUGUGCCGAAGGGCCUGCCGCCGCUGCGCUCGCACGCGCCCAACUCCGACGAAGAGCCGCUGUACGUCAAUGCGAAGCAGUACCAGCGCAUCCUGAAGCGGCGCAUGGCUCGCGCGCGCAUGGAGGAAAAACGCCGCCAGAUGUUUGUCAUGGCGAUCAAGCAACGGGAAGAAGAGAAGACGGGCAGCCCCGCCCACAUUAGUGAAGAAUGGCUCUCUGGUCUGCUCGCGCUGGACGAAGAGACCAAGAAGCCGUACCUUCACGAGUCACGUCACAAGCACGCGAUGCGCCGCCCGCGCGGGCCGGGUGGCCGCUUCCUCACGACAGAGGAGAUCAAGAAGCGCGAUCAGGAAUUGGCCGAAAAGGCCAAACGAGAGGCGGAUCGCGCAGACGCGCUGGGCAAGGACGCCGAGGCGCCCGCCACAGCGGAGGCGCCCGCCACAGCGGAAGCGCCCGCACAACAGGCGUCGAGACCGGCCAGCCACGAUGCGCCGCCAGCCGCCGACGCCGGCUCGUCCUAG